AUGUUGGUUGCCGUUAGUGAUAAGCACGCCUGGCAUUUUUCAUCAUUCUUCCCUCUCUUUCUCUUUCUCUCUCCUACUUCAACUUUUUUCUAUUCCAUUCCAUUCUUCCCAAUAAUAUUCCUUUUUUUCUUCUCUCUCUAAAAUUCUUCUUCACUCGCCACCACUUUCCUUUCUUUCUCUCACUUUUCCUCUUCUUUUUUCCUUCCAUUUUCUCCACCUCCUAAUUCCUCUUAUUGGAUCUACUACUUGCUCUUCACUUCGAUUCAUCAUCUUUAUUUAUUUUUUUCCUUUCAAUUUUCGAUUUCGACUUUUUCUUCAGCUCGAGGUUGUGUUCUUCUUCAUUUCUCCAUUUUUCUGUUUUUGUUUUGUACUGAUUCCGAUAAAGACAAAAUCGAUUACUGCUGAUUCUUCUUCUGCUUAAUUUCCAGGAUAUUGUUUGCUACAUAUAAGCUAGGGUGUAAAGGAUCGAAAAGUAGAAUAUUAUUAUGGCAGUUUCUAUGAGAGAUUUGGAUCCAGCUUUCCAAGGAGCUGGACAAAAGGCUGGACUUGAAAUAUGGCGUAUUGAGAAUUUUAAUCCAGUACCUGUCCCAAAAUCCUCCUAUGGCAAAUUUUUCACUGGGGAUUCCUACGUGAUCUUAAAGACAACUGCCUCAAAAAGUGGUGCUCUGCGUCAUGACAUCCAUUACUGGAUUGGUAAAGACACCAGUCAGGAUGAAGCUGGUGCUGCAGCCAUCAAGACAGUUGAGCUGGAUGCAGCUCUCGGAGGACGUGCUGUUCAGUAUCGGGAAGUACAGGGCCAUGAAACUGAAAAGUUCCUUUCUUAUUUCAAACCUUGUAUUAUACCUCAAGAAGGUGGAGUUGCUUCUGGUUUUAAACAUGCCGAGGCUGAAAAACACAAGACACGGUUGUUUGUAUGCAGAGGGAAACAUGUUGUACAUGUCAAAGAGGUUCCUUUUGCUCGAUCUUCACUAAACCAUGAUGAUAUUUUUGUUCUUGACACCGAGUCAAAAAUCUUCCAAUUUAAUGGUUCCAAUUCAUCUAUUCAAGAAAGAGCUAAAGCUUUGGAGGUUGUACAGUAUAUUAAGGAUACCUACCAUGAGGGGAAAUGCGAGAUAGCUGCUAUUGAGGAUGGAAAGUUAAUGGCUGAUCCUGAAACUGGGGAAUUCUGGGGUUUCUUUGGCGGAUUUGCUCCUCUUCCACGAAAAGCAGCCAGUGAUAAUGAUAAGUCUGCUGAUUCUCACUCUACAAAACUGCUUAGUGUUGAAAAGGGACAGGCAGAACCUGUUGAGGCCGAUUCUUUGAAAAGGGAGUUUCUAGACACAAAUAAAUGUUAUAUUCUGGAUUGUGGGUUGGAAAUAUUCGUCUGGAUGGGAAGAAACACCUCCCUUGAUGAAAGAAAAAGUGCAAGUGGAGUUGCUGAUGAGUUAGUCAGUGGCAUUGAUCAACUUAAACCCCAAAUAGUUCGAGUAAUUGAAGGAUUUGAAACAGUGUUGUUUAAGUCCAAGUUUGAUUCUUGGCCUCAGACCCCUGAUGUAACUGUAUCUGAAGAUGGACGUGGCAAGGUAGCAGCACUCCUGAAACGUCAAGGAGUAAAUGUCAAGGGUCUGUUGAAAGCUGACGCAGUAAAGGAAGAACCUCAACCUUACAUUGAUUGCACUGGACAUUUACAGGUUUGGCGCGUGAACGGUCAGGAAAAGAUUCUUCUCCCAGCUUCUGAUCAAUCAAAAUUUUAUAGUGGAGAUUGCUUCAUCUUUCAAUAUUCGUAUCCUGGAGAAGAUAAGGACGACUGUCUCAUUGGAACGUGGAUAGGAAAGAACAGUGUUGAGGAAGAAAGAGCUUCAGCUAAUUCACUGGCUAGCAAAAUGGUUGAGUCAAUGAAGUUUCUUGCUUCUCAGGCUCGUAUAUAUGAAGGAAAUGAACCAAUUCAAUUCCAUUCUAUCCUACAAACCUUCAUAGUUUUUAAGGGAGGGCUUAGUGAUGGAUACAAGACUUACAUUGCGGAAAAGGAAAUUCCUGAUGAGACAUACAAUGAGGACAGCGUUGCAUUAUUCCGCAUCCAGGGCACUGGACCUGAUAAUAUGCAAGCUAUACAAGUUGAACCGGUUGCUUCUUCCUUGAAUUCCUCUUAUUGCUAUAUACUUCAUAAUGGACCUGCUAUCUUUACUUGGUCUGGAAGCAAUACAACUGCAGAAGACCAGGAACUUAUAGAGAGGAUGCUGGAUUUGAUAAAGCCAAAUUUACAAUCAAAACCACAAAGGGAAGGUACAGAAUCUGAACAGUUUUGGGAUUUGUUGGGAGGAAAAUCAGAAUAUCCCAGUCAAAAGAUUAGUAGAGAGGCUGAAAGUGAUCCUCACCUAUUUUGUUGCAGUUUCUCAAACGGAAACUUAAAGGUUACGGAGAUAUACAAUUUCUCCCAGGAUGAUUUAAUGACAGAAGACAUUUUCAUCUUGGAUUGUUACUCAGAUAUCUUUGUCUGGGUUGGCCAGGAGGUUGAUUCCAAGAGUAGAAUGCAGGCACUCACAAUUGGCGAGAAAUUUCUUGAGAAUGAUUUUCUGCUGGAAAAAUUAUCUCGUGUGGCUACAAUAUAUGUUGUCAUGGAAGGGAGUGAGCCACCAUUUUUCACUCGUUUUUUUAAUUGGGAGUCAGCAAAGUCUGCAAUGUUGGGGAACUCAUUUCAAAGGAAGCUUAAAAUUGUGAAAAAUGGGGGGACUGCACCAUUGGAUAAACCCAAACGGCGAACACCCACGUAUGGAGGAAGGUCUAGUAGUGUGCCUGAUAAAUCGCAGCAACGUUCCUCCCGUAGCAUGUCUGUUAGUCCUGAUCGUGUUCGGGUGAGGGGAAGGUCUCCGGCCUUUAAUGCACUAGCUGCUACUUUCGAGAGCCCCGGCGGUAGGAACCUUUCAACUCCACCUCCAGUAAUAAGAAAACUGUAUCCGAAAUCUACGACUCCAGAUUCUGCAAUACUAGCAUCAAAAUCUAAAGCCAUAGCUGCACUUACUUCUAGUUUUGAACAACCACCUUCUGCACGAGAAACUAUGAUACCUCGGUCAGUUAAAGUGAGUCCAGUCACCCCUAAAUCAAACCCUGAGAAAAAUGACAAGGAGAAUUCGGUGAGUGGCAGAGUAGAAUCUCUUACCAUAGAAGAAGAUGUGAAAGAAGGCGAAGCUGAAGAUGAGGAAGGUCUCCUGAUUUACCCAUAUGAACGCCUUAAAAUAACAUCUACAGAUCCUGUGCCAGACAUUGAUGUAACUAAAAGAGAGACUUAUCUAUCAUCUGCGGAGUUCAAAGAGAAAUUUGGGAUGUCCAAGGAUGCUUUUUACAAGUUGCCCAAAUGGAAACAAAACAAACUCAAAAUGGCUAUUCAGUUAUUCUGAUUCUUUAACUUACCCUUCUGUCAGCUCCCUGCAGUUUAGGUUCAGUAAGGAACUGAACAUAUGGAAGUAAAAGGGACAGCAUCAGUGUUUUUUUUAGCAUAACUGCUACUGCUCCCAGGAAACUUUUCAUGAAGAGAAACUAGGGAUUUUCCUCCUCUCUCUCUACUUCUCUUUGCUGUGGUUUGAAUGUUUAGGUUUUUAUUGAGUUAGCUGCGUGGCAUUAAUUUUAUAGGGAAAAGGUUGUUUGUGAGCUUGGUUUUUGAAAAAAGAGAAAAAUUCUUUUGGGUUUCAAAUUAGUUCUUCAUUUUAUUUUUUAAUUUAAUUUAAAAUUGUUUGGUCAAGCAAUUGGGGUUGCAAAUGCGGUCUAAUUAGGUUGUAUUGAUAUUGAGGACAAAGUGUGUAUAGUAGAGUGCAAAACCAGUCAGAUCGAUACUUGUUUUGGAAAUAAAGUGUGAUUUUUUCUUGUUGUCUGCAAUUUUCAAACACGGCUUUGAAAGUAGCAAAAAGAGUCAGCCAGAGAGUUAGACAACUCUGUUGUGUCCUUGUAAAACAUUAAGGACACCCAAUAUUUAGAGAGUAACUUUCUUCUUCCUACAUUUCUGGAUGACAUUUUAUCUGAAGAUGUACUUUUGAAUGACACAAAAUUCUUGUCUUUUCGGAUGUGUACAUCUUAAGUGAUGUUGGUGGUGGGAUUAUGGAAAGUUCCUAUUAAGAACGAAUGUGUUGAACUGAAACGAAAGGAAACCAUGAGCUAACCCACUAUGUUCGUCUUUCGGAAGUAUAAAUAAGCAUUCAUGAUUAA